AUGGAAAUCAGCAAAGGAAUUUAAGAAAAAAGAGUUGAAUUGUAAAUGGUGAUAAACAAGUUUCAAUAAACUACUUAUUUAAAAAAGAAUACCUUAAAAAGAGAAAAUUGCCUUAGACUCUCUUAAGAGUUUCAUAAUCAAAAAAUAACUUGAAAAAGUUUUAAAAAAUAGUAUCUAACUAUAAUGGAUAAGUAUAUUCAGCAAUAAUUUCCCAUUUGAAUAAAAAAGAACCAGUCGGAUGAAGUGGUAACUCUCCUAUAGUUAUUUGAUAUGAGAUGCUUUGACAGGAUAGAACAAUAUAAAAAUUGUAUGUAAAUCUUCAGGUUUA